CGUCUCCAAAUUAAUGGACGUCACGGCAUGGGCAUGGGCCUCCUUCCUGGCCGUCGUCCUCGUCGUCCUAACCAUUCUCCGCCGUGGCCGUGGCUCGCAGCCGCAGGGGAACAGGCUUCCACCAGGACCGAAGCCGUGGCCCGUGAUCGGCAACCUCAAUCUCAUCGGCGCGCUGCCGCACCGCUCCAUCCACGAGCUGUCCAAGCAGUACGGCCCGUUGAUGCAGCUCCGGUUCGGGUCCUUCCCCGUCGUGGUGGGCUCCUCGGCCGAGAUGGCCAGGUUCUUCCUCAAGACCCACGACACGGUGUUCGCCGACCGGCCAAGGACCGCCGCCGGCAAGCACACCACCUACAACUACUCCGACGUCCUGUGGGCGCCCUACAACGCCCACUUCCGCCGCGCGCGCAGGCUCUUCGCCACCGAGCUGUUCAGCGCGGCGCGGCUCGAGUCCUACAAGCACAUCCGCCACGAGGAGGUGAGCGCGCUGCUGCGCGACCUGGCCGCGGCCGCUCACGGGGCAUCUGGCCGUGCCGUGCCGCUCAGGGGACACCUCUUUGCGGCGACCAACGGCAUCAUCUCGCGGGUGGUGCUGGGCAAGAAGUACGCGGAGAAGGAGGCAGGAGGCUCGGCAGCCAUGGCGCUGGAGGAUUUGUCGGGCUUAAUUGAGGAGUUUUUCCUUCUCAACGGCGUGAUCAACGUCGGCGAUUUCAUUCCGUGGUUCGACUGGCUGGACCUGCAAGGGUACGUCCGGAGGAUGAAGAAGUACAGCAAGAAGAUGGACCGCUUUCUCGAGCAUGUCCUGGAGGAACACGAGGAGCGCCGGCGUGUCAAGGGGGAGCAGUUCGUGGCGAGGGACAUGGUGGACGUGCUGCUGCAGCUCGCCGACAAUCCUAACCGGCUUGACCGAGACACCGUCAAGGCUCUCACUCAGGUAUGCAUGCAGGAACUUAUCGUCGGGGGUUCAGAUACCUCCAGUGUAACCAUGGAGUGGGCGAUGUCGGAGGUUCUCAGGAACCCUGAGGUCUUGGGCAAGGCCACCAAGGAGCUCGACCGUGUGGUCGGCCGUGACAGGAUGGUCAUGGAGAAGGACAUCCCAGACCUCCCUUACAUAGAGGCCAUCGUGAAGGAGGCGAUGCGCAUGCACCCGGUGUCGCCCAUGUUGGCGCCCCACCUCGCACGCGAGGACGCGUCCGUCGACGGCCACGACAUCCCCGCCGGCACGCUCGUCCUCGUCAACGUGUGGGCCAUCGGCCGUGACCCGACCUAUUGGGACGCGCCGGAGGAGUUCCGACCAGAGAGGUUUAUGGGGAGCAAGAUCGACGUGAAGGGGCAGGACAUGGAGCUGCUACCGUUCGGGGCCGGCCGCCGGAUGUGCCCCGGGUAUAGCCUGGGACUGAAGGUGGUGCAGUUGAUCGUCGCCAAUCUUCUGCAUGGCUUCACGUGGGGGCUCCCUGACGGCACAACGAUGGAGCAACUCAACAUGGAGGAGAUAUAUGGGCUCACCACUGCGCGCAAGUUCCCGUUAGAGGCAGUGGUGGAGCCUAAGCUCCAAGAACACGUCUUCUCGUAGCGCCGCCGCCGCAAAAAUGCUAGACUCACGCAUCAUUACGGAGGUUCUAGUCAUUGUGGUAUACGACUUCUAGUCCAAGUCAGUUUUAUACCCCUACCCUAAGUCGGUUUGUACCCUCUUAUAUACUCUUGUAUGCCGCAUCAAAUCAUCAAUAAGCAACAGUUUUAUUCA